UUACGAACAGCCAAUGUGAAGCGUUAAUUUCAAAGUGCCAAUUUCAGAUUGGCUGUCGCAACAAAUUUGCAAUAGCUUGGAAUUAAUAUAGAACUGACUUAAUGUAGAACCGGCUUUAAAGUUAUCUGGGCAUAAUUCCAGCCUGCAUUUCUCGGUCGAAUGAUGGUAGAACCGUAUCGAAAGUCGGUGCACAUGAUCGAGGAUACCGUUAGAGACGCAAGAAUGCUUUAUCGUUGUUGAUUAUCGCGUCGUCCGUAAGUGUCGCCCAUAAGUGUAAAAAUAAAGAACGUUUUUCGUUCUUAUUCCCAACGCGACAGUUAAAUCACGGAAACGAAAAUAGACUCGAAUUCAUCCUGCUGAACAGUCCUCUGUUCGCCGAGGCUUCGAAAUUCGGGAUAUCAAUGAGAUACUCGCCGCUGAUCGAGUCGCGAAAUCAAGAUUAUGCACCGGAAUCAAGAGAGAAUAAAGAUGUCAAGAUACUCUAGCUGUUUGAUGUAAGCAAGAGUGACAAGAAGAGAGGAAAGGAGAUAUCUCAGAUAAUACAUGAAAAGACAUUAUGUUACGAUAUAUAAUUCAACGGGCUCAGAAAAACUGAAGAGCUCUCAGUUGAUCAGAGCAGCUAUAAGAAUAAUAUUCGAUUAGAUUUAAAUAAAUAUUGAGUACACACGUAGGAAAUAAUUGUUGAACGAAACUUCGUGUUAAGAUAAAUAUUAAGAUAGAUAUUGGGAGGAGAGAAUAAGCCUACAGAUCUCAAGUGAUAUAUAUAGAAAAUGUUGGCAAACAAUUCAACGUCGGUGAGUACAGGCAGAGGCAACAAUAGUUUUCAAAAUCGAAACUCGCAGAGAUCCACCCUCUUGAAAGUGGUGAUUCUCGGAGAUGGUGGUGUUGGAAAGUCCUGCCUUAUGAAUAGAUUCGUGUCGAAUCAUUUCGACGAACACAGUUUUCAUACCAUCGGGGUAGAGUUCCUGAACAAGGAUAUUGAGAUCAAUGGUGAGGCAUAUACAUUACAAAUAUGGGACACAGCCGGACAGGAGAGGUUUAAGACUCUCAGAACACCAUUUUACAGAGGUUCAGACAUUUGUCUGCUUACUUAUGCAGUAGACGAUAAGACGAGUUUUAGAAAUCUUGCACUAUGGAGAUCUGAAUUUCUUAAGUAUGCAGAUGUUCAAGAGGGUUCUACUUUUCCAUUUAUUGUUGUUGGCAAUAAGGUGGAUGUUCCUGAAUCUGAGAAACAAGUUUAUAUGGAAGAAGCUCAAGCUUGGUGUUCAGAAAAUGGUAAUCCUCCAUUAGUUGAAACAUCAGCAAAAGACGCCACUAAUGUCGAGGCAGCUUUUGGGGCAGCGGUUGAUGCAUGGGCGCGAUUGGAAGCUAGAUUAGAGCGGCCUUUAGUGGAAGACACUGUUGAUCUCUCUAAACAACAGUCCCAGCAUCGUACGAGCUGCUGCAUGUCUAUUUCCGGCACUGAGUAGAUCUACAUUCGUGACCAGAUAAUUGAAAUGGCUGGUAAGAAGACUGACACAGUAUACGAUCUUUAUGUGAUGCACAUCAACAUUUCUGGAACAAUCGUUUAAAGUUUUCUUUAUGUUUGGAAGAGGGAUACACAACGUCGCACUAUUAAACUCGUAGAAACGAACUUUAUUUAGGAUCUAUAAGGAUAUAUGUUACACAGUAGAACUGUAAGAGAUUAUUUUGUAUGAUCUGUCUUAUUUUUUAUACAUUUACAGUAAGAU